AUGACCAAAAAUCGUCAGAGGUCCGAACAAGCGCUCGAGCGCCGAGCACGCAUCAAGCGGACCAGACGUGCUGUGAAAAGGGCACGCGUGCCGGCUAAGAUAACCACGACUCCUUCCUGUCAAGUUACAACUCUCUCGGCUGGCCAUAACGAGCAAACUCAGUUACUCCCAGUGAACAUCGACAGCACGGUUCAUCCUGCCGAUAGAAGAGCUGUGGAACUUUACAAAGUCGCUAUCACCGAGAACCGCGCAAAGGAAGCCGAGCUCGUCAAGGGAAUCACCGAUGGGUCGGCCAUGGCGGAAUGCUGUGAAUGGGGAAGACUACUCGGGCAGGCGGAUCCAGCAAGUUCAUGCGAGGCCAUAGUCCAACUUCGGCAACUGUUCUCGGAGUCGAUUGCCCGGCUGAAGUGUGAACCCGCAGUGGCUCCUCUGGAGAGUUGGAUCCGAUUGUCACGGGACGAACAGGGAUUAAACGGCUCAAUCUGGACCGAUAUAAUUCCUUUGGUGAAGUCCUAUGCCUCUGAGCUCCGCACCAAAAUCAGAGAUUUGUUAAAGGUGACGGCCGACGAGCCUAUGAACUGUCCCAUCCAAGUCAAUCUCAUGAAAGCUAUGCUAGAAGCAACGGCUACCGACCCGAUCAUCGAGGAGGAUACUUUCGUGCAAAGAAGUGUUGCUAGGAACGGUGGGGUGCCCAUUGGGAUCGAACAGGAAGUUGAGUUCUCGCCGCUUUGGCCGAGGUGGGACGCAGCAAAAGGCAGCGAUGACACGGAACUCUGCCACUUCGCUGCUGAUUCCUGGAGGAACUACAAGUCGGCAGAUUGCCUUCAUGAUAAAGUAAUGGCCUACAUCAAGAAAGAGGUCGAUGAGGGGCAUAUGAUUCAACUGGCCAACCUUCCGGAAGGUGCCGUUCCUUCCAAGAUCGGCGCCAUCGAGAAACCUUUGAAGCCAGGUCAAGAGGACGCCGACAUAAGGGUGAUUGAUGAUCUACGAAGAAGCGGCGUUAAUAGCCGCGUCACCAAAUGUCAUAACACUAUAAAGCUUCCAGGAGUCAUGACAACAGCCCUAAUCGCUGAGAGGAUCGAUACUCAUUGGCGCGGUGCUUACCCCAAUGUUGAGCCAGACCUGGUAUGCAUCGAGCGGGAUGUAUGCAGUGCCUUUCGGCACCUACCUAUACACGAAUCGGAAGUGAAGUACUGCAUCAACUGCAUACCCUCCUGCUCUGAAAAAGGUCAAGUCGGCGACGUGGAGAUGCAGUAUUACGCGCACUCUAGACUGCCGUUUGGGCUUUGUACGAGCCCUACCCUAUGGGUGAGAACCUACACAGGAUCGGCCCGCCUGGCAAAGCGUAUCUUCUGCUUCGCCGCCGACGCUGAGGGGCUACAAAUAUAUAUAGACGACGAGGGCUAUUUCACUAUCCGAGCCAAUGCCCUCGACCGAUUACUGGGACUUCUAUUGCUGGACGAGGUUCUGGGGUUCAUAACAUCAUAUCCAAAAAUACGGGUGUCAAGCACACCCCGUCUACUUGGCUACCAGUGGUGUUUAUCAGACUUGUCCGUCAGUGUCCCUGAGGACAAAAAGCGUUGCCUAGCCGAAGGCGUGAACACUCUCAUAGAGUCGUACGACACCGACGCAAGAGUUGAUAUAGCUAUCCUUAAAACGGUUACGGGCCGCUUAGCAUGGCUCUGCCAUAUAUGUAAGGCCCUACGGCCUUGCCUCAAGAACCUCUAUGCAACGGUCGCCGCCGCAGACCGACUGCGCACCCGAUAUCCGCAUGCUUCUAGGAUUCCCCUAGCCAAAGAGGCCCUUCCCGACCUGUACAUAUUUAGAGAGGCCAUUGCGGCAGAAGAAAAUACUCCUUGGGUGACCACAACCUCGGUACCAGCCUCUUUCUUGCUUAAUUAUCGACUGGAAGACGAGCUGCCCCUCGGGUCGAAUCGAGUUACCGUCGUUAUAUCAGAUGCUUGUCCAGCGGGCAUAGCAGGCAUGGCCAUCACGGAUGGUCGUGCAUAUUGGUUCAUGAUGCAGCUUAACACCCCGAAAAGCUCGCUUGUGGAGAAGUUUGUUACUCCACACUAUGCAGAAAGAUGGUCUUCUCGUGAUAUUGGUCCGCUAGAGCUCCUGGCUAGCUACUGCGCGUGCUUGCUGGCGCCUAACGACCGCCCAACCUUGGUGUUGUGCGACAACAAAGGAGCCGUCGAGAGUAUCAACAAGCUGUCGAGCAAGUCGGGAAGAAUGAAUCGCAUCGUACGCGAGCUUUCUCGGGUAUGGCGCUACGGGCGAGGUCUACGGGCCUUCCAUCUGAGCAGCAAGAGCAACUGGCUAGUGGAUGCUUUGUCUCGACAGCCGUCUAUAGAAGCUGCUCGGGAGUAUAUGCGUGGGUCUACAAUGACGAAGGUUGACAUGGCGAUGCUCCUGGAUAGCCUUCCCGCUACCAGUGACUGA